GGGUUUUGUCCUCUUGUGGUAACUUAUUCCAGGAUGCAGAAUUCUACUUCUAAAAUGAUGAAUUUUCCACAGUCCUGCCACCUGUUGUGAAACCUGGUAAAGCGUUAAAUUGCUGGCUGGUCACUUUGUUUGCAGAUGAUGUGGGAGGAGUACAGCUGUUGAUUAUGGAUGACUUGGAACAGGAGUUACACAGAAGCGAUUCGUCUGACGAUGAAUCUCCAACAAGAGAAAAAGAACCAAAGCUUCCUUUAGUGAAAUCCAUAUUUGUAGAGACAUCCAAGGAAAAUGGGUUACAUAAAUCUACAAAAAUUUGUUCAGAGAAGAUCAGAGAAGCCAUGCUGCACCACCGAUGGCAAGAAGCUGCAGAAUAUAUGGCAUGCUACAUGCAGAUAUUACAAGACCCAUCGAAAGACAAAGUGCCAAGAAUUAGAGAGUAUGUUUGGAGAAUUGCGACUGAGAUCCUUCACCAUCACCCCAAUUCAAAGAUGGAAGACUACAACACCAUCUAUGAACAAAUGAAAAAUUUUGGAGUUCGUAACUACCUGAUGAUUUCUCUAGAACAUUCUUUCUACCUGUUGCUGAAUGGCCAGAUUGAGGACGCGAAGCGUCAGUUAUCUGUAGCGGAAAGUUGGCGGUACGGGAAGGAGUCGGCGGCACAGUACAACACGGCUAAACUGAUCCAGGCCUACAGGGGCUUGCUGGAUUAUAUCUUGUGGUGUAACAGAAAGCACUCUGACACAGAUAAUUCUGAUGCUUCCAGCAUCCAGGACAUCAGCAGCUACUUCAGACAGGCUUCUGUGAAUCUAAAACAGAUUUUGAAGCAGCCUGGCAUCUGGGAUACUUUCAUUCUGAGCUAUGUUGAUAUGCUGGAAUUCUAUGAGGAUCACGAGGAGGCGCUGAAAGUCCUGAAGGACUAUGCAUAUGACAACACUUUCCCUCCCAAUCCCAACGCGCACGUCUAUCUAUACCAGUACUUAAAGAGGCACGACACUCCGGAAAAGAAACUGAUUAAUGUGUUAAAGGGCCUCCAGGUACUCGUUCCAAGUCACGAGUUGAUGUUGGAGUACAGCUCUCUUCUACUGCUUUCAGGACAAAGCGCUGAUCUUCAGAGUGCCUUAGACGUCAUCUUAGGAAUGCUGGACUUCCGCUGCUGGAGUUGCAGCUUGGACGUAUGGAAGUGUUUACAGUCCAUAAUUCAGAAAUUACAGUGUCAAAACGAUUGGAAGGAGACGGUCUCUUUGAAGAUGGCCUCAAGAGCAGACUGGUGGCCUGCUCUGCACUUCACCAGCUUCCACGCCCAGAAGGACUUUGAAGAGAACCCAGAGUUAAUGGAGGUGAAGAUGUUGCUGGUGACGAUCCUCUCCCCAGACAAAAUGCUUAAUUACACCAAAGUCUGCAGUAGAGAACACAAGAGAAGGAGAAGAACUUAAAAAAAACUGUGGCUUCAGACAAAAUUCUUGAUGUGAAACCAGAGACUGGCAUCUUCGAAAGACCUCUUUAAACACGGCACCAGUUUUCUUUCUUUCAUUUUUUUUUAAUUUUUUUUUUACAUUGUUCCUUUGUGCAAAACUGGACCUUGAACAUUACAUAAUCAAGGUAUGAGCUUUAUUGCCCACAGUGUGGCGCUGCUGUUCUGCAUUUUGCAUAGAGCUGAGUUUGUGUACUGUCUCUUCAAUGUUCAGGUUGAUGAUUUUCUGCAAACAUUUUAAUGAAAGCAGAGUUUCUUUGUGCCCUCGGCUGCUGAAGUUCCACUGCUGCACAGAGGGAGUUUGAGGUCGCCGCUGAGCGCGCAACGCACACAGCCUGAGGAUUUUUCUCUAUGUCGUCUCUUUCAGUUAGUAAGACAGACCAGUCAGUGUAACGUUGGAGUAAGAAAUUAAAAUAUGCAUUAAAUCAGAGUUUAAAUAUGAAGUCUUAUUUUACUUGUACAUUGAAUGCAUCACUGUUACAUUCAGUGUGUCUGCUGGUGCAACUUAACUCAUUUUUUUCUGCUACGUGCAAUAUUUCCGUUGCCCUUUGAGGAGAUGUUGACCUUAAACCACAGCGG